AUGGUCUGGGGUAAACGAAGUACCGUAGGUAAAGAGACGCCAGAUCAGAAAAACCAAAUAAGCAUGGGCUACAAGGCAUUUAAACGAUGCUUUUCUUGUAACCAAUACGUGAAACGUUCGAGAAAUGGAUCUAUGAAGGAGUGGACCUGUCCUCUCUGUGAAGCUCCAAACCACUUUGAUGAAAAUGGAGAAGUAGUGGACUAUCGCCCUCCAACACCGCCUUCGUAUGAGACAUCUGCUCCUAACUUUCUCUCAAGAUCCGUAGAAAGAAAACAAAUAAAGAGCCCUUUUUGCGAGAACUGCUUGCGAAACCAGCUGCUCGUGAAUCGUAUGCUUGCGGAUUUUCUACCUGAGCAAAACCAUCCUGAUUAUAAGGCUUAUGAAGCUGCCUUUCCUAAAUAUAAAGAAUCUCUAGAAGAAAAAUUUCCUAUUGUUUGUGAUAGUUGCUACGGCCCUGUUCACAAACAAUUGGAAACCAAUAACUAUGAAGCCAAAAAUCAUGUCUUAGGCCAGUGGCUCGUUCAGUCGAAGGAGAAACUUUAUUCGACUCCUUCUUCAAAUACUAGCUCCUUUUCCUCUAUGAUAUGGAUUUUGAGAGGAAUUGGGUUUUUCCUCUUUUAUUCACAUGCUAUAGGCUGGCAUCUUUACCAUUCUAUUAUACCCUCUUUUUUUCCACCAUUUCUUCAAGAAUCGCUGAAGAAGAUUUCUAAAUUCUUCUUGUUGAAUUUAGGUGUGAGCCAAGGUGCAAUGAUCACUUGGCUGGGAUUUUUUGUAAUUUUUUGGAAUCCUUACUGGCUUGUUCUUUCUCAAGAUUCAUCUGCUAGUCUUCAUGGGAGAGAGCAAUACAUUCGUUCUCAGUUCAUCUCUACUCUAAUCCGGCUAGCGUCUGUCUAUAUUUUGAAUCUUUACGAGUUUGCUGUCAAGACUGAAUUUUUUCAAGACGCUAAUAACGUUCGUUCCACAAUCUCUCAAGUUCAUACCGUCCUGUUUUUUGUCGUUAUAUUCUUCUUAAUUGUUAGUUUUUCUUGCCUAGAUUUUCGCUCUCCUCGAAAAAUAAAUUUAGCAGAUACGGCACAUCCAAAAAAGUCAAGGAGAAGCAAGUCUACACUAGCCUCAUUGACAAAAAAGUUACGAGGAAGUUCUUUCAGAGCAAAAAAAAAGGAUAACAAUUCCAAGCCUCCCGUUUUUCCUCAAACAACACCUUUGUCUUCACAUUUUCGAAAGUUGUCAGAAAUGCCUAAGAUCUCACCAAUUUCAAAUCUUCAAAAAAAGCUCGAGGCUCUUCCAACCUCAAGUCCGUAUUCUGCAAAAUCUACUCGUUUUCAAAAUGUACCUCAGAGUUUCAGAGGAAAGGAUUCCAUAAAAACGACGCCAACGUUAACCGAUCCAAAGCCGGAAAUCAACAAAAAGUUAGAUCAAAAUAAGAAGACAGCACAGUUACAAAAAAACCAUGAAGAGGAUACGAAAUCUGCUCUUUUCAAACGUUCUGGCAUAGAAAAUCUAUUUUCCGAGACGCUGAACCUGACCAAUGAUUCUGCUGAAGUUUUAGAAGCCAAAACCACAAUCCGAAGAAGAAACGGGCUUUUAGCUACAGUACUAAGUAUUAGCUUCAUUGCAUUUCUAUGGGCUAUACAACGACUUUUUCAAUUAAACAGGAUGAAUUUUGUUUGUUUGCUCCUUGCGGGGCUAAGCUCUUGUUGUAUUUAUAUGUAUCGCAAUAGCUAUGUUUUAGAGGCAUAA